CGCGAUAAGAAUGGCUCGCGGAAAUCGUAUCACACUUCUCGAGCUCGCUUGUGAUCGCACGCAGAGUAUUCGGUGAUUCGCGCGACGCUCUUAAACUGCGCUUCAGUCAUAUUGCGCUGAGAACUGCUCCGUUCGGUUCGUACGUUAAGUUAGCGCUUAUAAAAGCGCCGAAUGCACGAUUUAAAUAAUUAAUUAAUAGCCUGAUUCGAGGUCUAACUAAGAUUACCGCAGGUUUCGCUUUGACUGUCUAAUUAGUGUGGCAUUUUGUGGGAAAACACAUGCUUUUAAAGAGACUCAGUGCUUUUACUUUCAUUUUUUGACUAGACUAUGCGCAAUAGGCUACGCGAUAUGCGUGUUUUAAUUUGACACACAAGAUAACGAUUAUUGUAAUUUGGGUUCUUUUUGGUUUGGAAGAACGAAGGAGAAAAGCCAUAAGUAGAUCAACGGAGCAACGCCAUUUGAAUCUGCUCUAACAGAGACCGCGGUUGACAUGGGAUGCUAUUUUGUGCUCACUCUUUUUAUUUUCCUCGUUCAUGGUGUUUUUGGUGAUGAUGUGGUGACAGUGAUGGAGGGAGAUACAGUCACUCUACACACUGAUAUCACCAAAAAAGAACAUGACAAGAUGCUGUGGUAUUUUGAAGACACUCGUAUAGCUCUGAUCAAUGGACAUCCCAAUAUGAGCUGUUUAUAUGAUGGUGAAGACGGGAGAUUCAGAGACAGACUGGAGGUGGACUAUAAGACUGGAUCUCUGACCAUCACAGACAUCACAACUGAACACGCUGGACGUUAUGAAGCAGAGAUCAUCAGAAGUGAGAGUUCAGGAAAAAGGCAAAGUUUGAACAGAAAUCGCAAGUGUGACAGCAGAAAAAUCACCAGAAGAAUCAGCAUCAGUCAUGAUGAUACCAUAAAAACUUUCAAUAUGAUCGUCAUUGCUGCUCUGUCUGAUCAAGUCAAAACCAAUGAAGAGCCCCGUAUGGAGAAGAGGGAGUUUGACUUGGAUUCAGGUCUGUCUUCAGCUGCUGUAGCAGGAAUAUGUGCUGCUGUUCUGCUGCUGGUGACUGUUGUAGCUGCUGCUGGUGGGAUUUACUAUCGCCGUAGGAGCUCCAGAAAUGCAGACAGGGACAAAAACAAGUAUGAAGGACUACUGCCCAAAUGAGAAGGAGAAAGACAGUCCCAAAAGUGUGAUUAUAAAAUAAGAGAACAUUUUUUUUUUUACAGAAAUAAUCGUUACUGUAAAACAUAAUAGAUUAAUCUGUUUUAUUUACAAUUUUGAAAAAUAUUCCCAUUGGUUUUGUUAAUGUUAAUAAUGAAACACUAAUUGUAAUGCACUUAACUGUUUACCCCUUAACCUCAAGAGGAAGUAUCUAUAUACAGUUGAGGUCAAAAGUUUACA